CCAAAGUUUUUACACCACAAAUUCUCCCACCUCAAUGGGACUUGCGGAUAUAAAUUCUAAUAGUACUGCUUCUCCACCUAAAGUUAAAUUGUCUUCAUUGGCUAUUGCUAAUGAUCUAAUCGCUUCUUCUGAAGCUAUGCUUUCGUUAAAUUCUCCAAAAGUACCAGGAAGUUCUUUUUUGGAUACAGCUGAUGAAAUGUUGAUGCAAAUUUUGAUAUCUCAAGCCGUUAUUGAUUCAAAAAAUUUUGAGAUCCUGAGUUUAGAAGAAGUUGAAGAACUUAAAAAGGAUCAUUCAUUAUUAACAAAUCGUAUAUCAGCAUUGACUUCAAAACUUUCAUUGGAAUCGAAAAUUCGGGAAGCAGCUAGUUCACUUGCAAGACUUCAUGCAUCAAAUAAAAGAUUAUCAAGGCAAGCAACAGAUCAUUUAGCUACGGCAAAUCGUAAAGUAGAUCAAGUUGCAACAGAAUUAUGGAAAUUAACACAACGAGCUGGUGAAGUUCAAAGGAAAUUAUUACAACAUAUGGCUGGUGUUCUUAGUUUAGGGAUACGAAAAUUGGAAGAAAAAAAUUCCCAAAAUCCACCUUUUUCACCACAAAAUUUACCACAGUCACAAGCGACGGAAGGUAAUAAUGGAAUUGAAAAGUUAUUUAAUGAAAUCAUGGGAGUUAAAAAUGAUGGUGAAAAUGGUGUAUCAGAUAAUGUUUCAUCGGAGAAAAUUUCAAAUUUGGAGAAUGCUUUACAAAAUGUUCAUCAAACAUUAGCAGAGGCAAGAAUGGCUUUAAAACGAAAAGAUAAAGAGAUUGAAGAACUGAAAACAAAAGCUGAUGAUACAAUGGCCGAAGCUCGUGAAAGGACUAUAGCUGAAUUGAGAACUGAACUUGAAGAAAUUGGCAUUCGAUUGGAUAUUGUAUUAAGAAAACAUAAAGCAGAUAAUCGAGAAAAUAAUAAUAAUGGUUCUGGAUCUGACAAUGAAGAUUCUGAUGAACAAUAUUCAGGAACUUCUAGUUUCUAUCGAUUAUCCACAAUGACCACGGCAACUCAACAUCUUCAAAAAGAGCAAUAUAAAAAUAUUGAAGAAAAUUUAACUUCAUUGGAAAAGGCAUUGGAAGGUUAUAUUUUCAAAAUUUAUAAAAUGGAACAAGAAGUCAGUUCAUUAAAAAAUAAGUCAGAUGAUGAAAUUAAGACAUUACAAAAUCAAUUACAAGAAGCUAUUAAUGAUACGAAUAAAUCGCAAGAAGAUCUUAAAACAGAAAAAAUAAAAAAUUUAGAAGCAUUAAAUGAAAAUAACGAGUUGAAAGAAAAAGUUAAAUUAACUAAGGAUUUAGAAAAACAAAUUAAAGAGAUGGAACAAAGACAAAAUGAAAAGGGAGUCAAUGAAAAGAAUUUUAAUGUAGAUUUAGAAUUAAAAUUGAAACAAACGACACGAGAAUAUGAAGAAAUGAUGGAUCAUUUGAAAAAUUUAUUUAAUAUCUUACCUGACGUUGACUCCAAAGAUGAUCAAAAUAAAGAUGGAUCGAAUAAGAAUAAAUUUGGGUUGGAUGAAUUUAUAAAUAGGGUACGUGCUGUCAGAGAAGAAAAUCGUAGGUUACACGACCAAACAUCAUUGUUGCAAGCUCGAUUGGAGAGAAUACUUGAACAAAUGACAGAAUUGAAAGGGCAAGAUAAAAUUAAACAAGAAUUGAAAAAUACACAACAAGAACUUGAAGAAACAAAAGCAAAAUUAGCAGAACUUGAAGAAAAAGCACAAUCCGCUAAAUCUCAAGUUCAGUCAACCAAUGAAAGAGAAAAUGAAAUGCGUAAUGAAUUGGAAUCAUUACGUGAACAGUUAAUGACAAGUCAAGAAAAAGUUCGUAAACUUGAAGCUAUUAUGAAGAGACAAUCCGUUUUACAGGUUGUUAAUGAUGGUAAAACUAUAAAAGAAGAAUUCCAACAACAAUUAGCCACUCAAGAACAAGAAUAUGAAGCUCAAAUGAAAGAAAGAGAUAUAAUCAUUAAAAAACUUCGUGAUGAUUUAACGAAUACCACAACAGAUAAAAAUAAUGUGACACAAACAGUUAGGGAUUUAGAAGAAAUGUUGAAAUCCAAAACAAGAACUUUAGAUCAAAGAGAAGUUACUAUAAAUCGAUUAGAGGGUGAUAUUGUAAAAUUUAAAUCAGAACUUGCAGAAUUGAAAGCUGCAACAGAUGGGGAAGUAUCAAAUUUUAAUAAUAAUAGUGAAGGAAAUAAUGACAGUACAAUUUUAGGAGUUGGAAAUUCAGGUGGAAAUGAUUUAAAUAAACUUAAAGAAGAACUUGAAGCAGCACAUGAAGAAUUAAAACAUUUACGGAAUGAUAAAGAAAAACUUGAAGCACAAUUAAGACAAUCAAAAGAUACUUUAGAGAAAUCACAAGCUGCAUUUGCCACGAGAGAAGCAUCAUUAGAAAAAAGUUCAGAAAUGAUGCAAGCAGAAUUAGAUGGUAUAAAUAAAGAAUUUGAUCGAUUAACAAGAAAUUUCAUUGAUUUUGAUGGAGAAAGACAAAAAUUAGAGAAUUCUAUUGAUAAUUUACAAAAGAAAUGUGAAAAAUUAGAGAAUGAAUUAGCAGAUGAAAAACUUAAACAUAUGGGUAUGGAUGCUGUUAGUGAACCUGCCACGACUGCCACAUUAAGAAAAGAAUUCAGAAAGAUGAUGGCAGAUUUAAGAACUGAUCAACAAAAAUUAUUACAACGUGAAACUGAAGAAAAGAAAAAAUUGGAAAAUACUGUUAGAAAUUUGAAAAGAGAAAAAGAAGCUGAAAAAUGGGAAAGAUCCACUAAGAGUACACAAACUGGAUUUGUUGUUAGCGUAUUAUCUGGUUAGAAUAAUAACAUGUAUUUUAAGCUAUUAUUAGUUAAAUUAUUUUUUUAUUUUUUUUUUAUUUUAUUUAUCUAUUUAAUUUACA